GCGAAGGGCAGGCGAGAGGGCGCCGCGCUCGCCGUCGCUCGGUGUAGCUCUUGUUGCUCUCGUUUCUCCCAGGCGGAAUCCGCAUCGCACGUCGCUGUUUUCUGUUGUGUUUUUGGGACCGGGACAGGAAAAACAUGCCGUUUCGAUAAUCUCGUCGCGCCCAGGGGCGAGUCGUGUGCGUGCGAGUGUCGUGUCCCCGUGGUGAUCGCUUGCUCGCUCGCGCGCGCGCGUGUUCCAAACGUCCCGUGCGCAUUGUGCCGCGUGCCGCGUGCAGGUGUAAUUUAAUAAGCGCAGGCUGGGGUGGCAAGCUGGCUGGCUGGCUGGCGAUUUAACAGGAUAUCGAUUUGUCUGCUGGUGGUGGCGGCGAGCGUAGUGCCGCCGCGCUGUGUUGUGCCGCUGGCUCCGCAUUGGCAGCGCACACACCGUCGCGUCGUGUUACGGCCGUCAGGCGUGUUACGGGGCAGCAGCCAUGGACGUCGAUAUUUUUGGGGCACAGCAGUCUGAUGGUAGGUCGGCGGCUGUAUCGUGCGUCGUACCCGCGUCGUGCCCGAUAAGCGACGAGAUGUGACGCGAGGGUCGCCCCGCGCGAUUAUUCCCCCGUUUCACGUCACGCGUCACACACGCAGAGAGGAGCGGCCGGAACGGACGACGGCCGAGACGACGCACGACGAAGACAGAGACACGGUGUGAGACGCACGACGUUGCGCGACGUUGCGGUGCGGAAGUCCGAUCGCUAGAGCUGCAGAGGCCGGAGCGGGGGUAGCGGAUGCUUGGUGUGCGGCCGUUUAUCAUCGUAUUGGCUCGGUGUAGAGAGCGGUCUUCCCGUGAGCUGCCAGCUUGUUGCACACGACGCGUAUAAAAAAGCAACCGGUGAAACGAUGGAGCUAAACGGCGUGGGUGCGCCCAUUGUCGGCGCCGUGGCCUGUCCCGUCUGUACCUUGUAUCUACGCGAAGGCAUCAGUCUGCAGAAGCACCUGGACACCCAUCCCAAGGAACAAGUGAUAGAUGCUCUUAUCAAAGCCAGUUCCUCCUCAUUGCAACCGCAGCAACAAGUACAACAGCAGCAGCAGCAACAACAACAACAACAGAACGCAUCGACAGCAUCAGCACCAGCAUUAGUAUCGCUGCCACAAGCUACGCCUCAGGGCUCCGCUACUAUACAAACGCCUCAAGCGUCAUCCCAGGUAUCGCAAAAUGCACAUAUCCCAGCUCACUCGCCGUAUCCCAUAGGACCCAUCUUCGAGUGCCCGCCUAUAAGCACCAUGAUGCCGCCGCAGUUCACCUCGUUCAGUUAUCAGCAGUUUGUGAACAACGGGACCAUGAUGAUACCGCAGGCGUACGCGAUGGCGCCGCAAACCAAUCAGAUGAUGCAAAUGCUGUACAGUCCGUACGGUAUGUACCAGCAGCAACAAAUACCCACCGUCCAAAUGAUCUCACCGGUUACAGCUAUUCCUGGCGCUACUCGAAUCAGACCGGUGGCCACGAUGGCCGCGGAGAACAGGGCUACUGUGGCGGUUCCUAUGAGCAGUCCUGAGCCGAAGCAAAUUUUGCCUGAGAUCCUGCCGGAGCCCGAGUCCGGGCAAGUUUUAUCGAACCUGCCGGCUUCGCCUCUGUUGCAGAGCGAGAACACGACGACCGUGAGGUCGUCGCGCGAAGAAGCCGAUGGCAACAAUGCGCUGCAAAUGGAUCACAGGAUGCAGCGGACGCCGAGUUCCACACCUCCCGGCGAGAGCAUAGUGCAGCACGAGUACAAUAGCAUUCCUAGAUCCAUCGCGAUCACCUGCACCAUAAACAGCAGCGGUGUAAACGACAAGGUAGAGAUGGUGCUGCCGGACAUACAGGACGAGGAGGAGCCGUUGGACGUCGGGCCCGCGGACCUGCAGUGCGCAUCCGUGGCAUAUGAGCAGCCGGAGGACGCGCAGCAGUUCGUGCAACAGGUCGCGGAGGAAGAAGGAUACGCGAGCGACAAGGAGAUCGACAUGUCGAGCGACGCGAUCGACCCUGUGGCUUGCGAAACGGAAGCGGUGUGCGACGAGAGGCCGACGAGUUGCGGCGCCACCGACGAUGAUGACACACCGCGGGAAGCGUCGGUGAACGACGCGAAAGAGCCGGUUCAGCCCGAGGUGGAGUCCCAGUUGGAGAAUCUUUUGAUAACUAUCAUAGAGACGGAGUUCAGCGGCACCUCCUCGCAGAAGGAAGCCCAAGACGUUCAUCAGGGGGAGAGGUUGGACGAGAAGGAGAAAGUCAUGGCGGACAGGGUGGAGAGUGUGAUUCACGAUACGGUGAUGACGACCCUCGGCUGCCACGAGAACGACCAUAUAUUACCCGAUAUGCAGGAGAAUGACGCGGAGUGCCCGAACGAUUAUGUAGAUAAUGAACUGGAGAAAACUUACCAGCACAGGCACGUUAGAUCAGCGCCCCCGUCUCCCUUUGCGAAGAAGGAGCCUGUUUUCCGAGAGGACGCCGUCGGUUCCUCGCGCCACGGGGCCUACUUCGAACGGCCGCGAGUCGGUUCGUGCGACAAUCUCAUUCUCUACCUGCGGGACGACGACGAAAAGGUGGAGGACGCGGAGGACAACUUCGACGAGGCGGACAUGGAGAUUGAGGAAAUUCCCAGUCCGCACACGCCUUUCGCGAGAUACAGCAACGGGAGCGCGGAAUGCGUCCGAUCGCACACCCCGCUGUCCGCGAUUAGUGGUAUAUCUGUGUUAAGAGUCAGGACGGAUCUCAGCAAGCCCUGUUCACCCGCGUCUGUGCAUUCCUUCUGUCACGUGGACAGUGACAGCUUGAGCCACGACGAGGACAGCAACAGCGGUAUAGAUAAUAAUGUCAUAGAGAAAGAUCCGAUUGACUGUUCUCAGGUCGAAGAGAAAAUUAAGACUGAUCAUCAGCAGCAGGCAAUGAGCACAGUGUGCGAGAGUACUGAUAAGGUCCAGGAAUCGGGUUACGUGUAUCACCAUCACCAUCACCAUCACCACCACCAUCACCAGUCGGUGAUAACCGAGCACGUCAGUUCGUUUUCCGUCAAUCAUUCGCAGCAGCCGCAGCAGCCCGUCUUAACGCACGAGUCGUAUUCCAUGACCAGCUCCAAGACACACAGCCUGUUAAAUCUGUCCGAGUCGAUUAAUCCCACAACCAGUACCGAAUCCAAGAGUUUUCACACCACCGCCAAGUCACUGAUGCCGAAGCAACCGAUGGAGCUACUCAAUAUAAACGAGGACGCUCACGCCGGGCCGAUGAAUGUUUUUGAAUUCGAAGGACUACAGAUCAUAGUUCCUAGUACAUUUAUAAGUGACUCGUCCCAGAAAGCAGUGAGUGCGACCAGCCAGCAAUCCAUGGCCAGCAGCGAGGGUGCAGUAGGUAUCGAUGAGGAAGUGAAGAGCAUUAACAUGCGAGCGGACGAGACCAUGCCGCCCAGGGGUGAAUUGUCGGAACAGGAGAGCAACGGUUGUACGGAGCAGUCUGCAUGGCAGCUGUACAUGGGUCAGGAAUCGUCGCGCAUGUCCACUUCUUACGACCUCCUGGCGCGAGAAAGCUGGGAGGAGUCCGAAGGGUCCGACAACGAGAUCAGCGGGCCGCUGUUGGACAGCAGAUCGUUAGCCACGCACUUUACGUCGAGUUUGUUUCUGGACCGGGAUCGGAAGACACCGACCAAACGGACGUUCAAGUGUUACCAUUGCAGCGAGGUAUUCGAUUGUCCUAAGGAACGCAGAGUUCACAGCACGACGGUGCACAAGGGAGCGGUGCCCAGCAGCAGUAGGGAUCAACUGGAUCAGCCAGAGGUGAAGGACAUUAAAUUGCUUGACAAUCGGAUGAACGUGUUCGACGACAUAUUCGUGCCGGGGUUGCACGUGCAACAGAUGUACCAUCAGCAGCAACCGCUGCUGCACCAGCUCCAACCGCCGCAGCCGUCGGACCUGGGCAAGGCGGAGAACGGCGACCAGAAGAUCGACAGUCUGGCGAUACCGUCGGCCAUCGAGGUAACGUGCGCGAUAUGCAACCAACGAUUCAACAGUGAGAAGUCCCUGCAGGUGCAUCACAAGCGUAUGCAUAUCGCCGAGGUGAACAAGCGGAUUCGCGAGAACGCCAAAUGCCAGAUAUGCAGCGAGGAAUUCCCAACGGUGUUUCUGUUCAACGCCCACCUGAAGAUACACCCGCUCGAGUGCGGCCAGUGCGGCAAGUACUUCUACAGGAAGCAGAACUUCAAGCUCCACAUGAAACGCCACUUGGGCAUCAAGCCGUUUCCCUGCACGGUAUGCGACAAGGCGUUCCUCACCAAGCAGAAGCUGGACGAGCACACCAACGGUCACACUGGCAAUGCGCCGGUCAAGUGUAGCCUGUGCAACGAGACUUUCCGUAGAUACUCGAACUUAACGCAGCACAAGAACCGGCAUCACCUCAACAUCAAGAAGAAGCUCAAGGACUACAUAUGCCACUGCGGCGAGGUGUUCCACACGAAGAAGAAGCUGGCUUGGCACAAGGAGACCCACGACGAGAAGCCGAAGGCGUGCACGUACUGCAACGAGAGAUUCAUCCACAUGGCCAGCCUCACGCGUCACAUGCGUCGCGCUCACAACCGCCGUUUCGUGCCCGACGCUCACCGCGAGAGCGAGAACGUCGAGUGUCCGAUAUGCAAGUGUAUCUAUCUGCGCUCGUCACUGGCGGUGCACAUGCGCGUGCACAACGGCGAACGGCCGUACGAGUGUCAGGUAUGUUCCAAGGCGUUCAGCACUAAGUGGAACCUGCAGUUGCAUAAGUGGACCCACGCGGCGCGCAGCACCAAACCGUUCAAGUGUAAUCAGUGUAGCGCCGCGUUCUAUCGCCACAGCGACUACACCGCCCAUAUGAAUUCCCAUCGGAACGUGCGGCCGUACACGUGCAACUACUGCGGCGCCCAGUUCAUACGCAAGUACAACUGCCUGCGACACGUGAAGGAGCACGAGGAAAACAAGGCGUACACGUGCGACGUGUGCAACAAGACCUUCCACCGCUCUUACUAUCUCAAGGAGCACCUGCGCGUACACUCCGGCGCGCGGCCGUACACGUGUCACAUCUGCGGCAAGACCAGCGGCACCAAGUCCAAUCACAACAAGCAUGUUAGGAUUCACCACGCGCGCGAGCCUGUAAAUACCGAAAACUAAGACGCGAGGACACUAGAAGACACCUUCGUCUCAUGUUCGUUCGUUCAUAUUCGAGCCUCUUCCCUUGUUUUCUUCUUUACUCUCUCGUAGCUCGAGAGAGACGUCGGUGACUUGGCGCACCUCUGCGCUGUACUUACAGCGGUGGCGGAUAUUCAGGACCGGACGUUCCUCGCUUUCGUAUCGGACGUUCGAGAUCGGCGCGCCGCGAUCUCGUCGAGUUCACAGUCUCGGGUAACUGAAGUCGCAGAGCUCGCGGAAGUCCGAUCGCCGGUCCCAGUUUUUAAAUGAUAACUUGACUCGACCUGAAUUACACGGAGCGAUUCCUGCUCGAAAUCGUAGGCAUAAUUACGAAAACGGGAAACAAAAUUUAGUUAAGAUUAGCGCUAAAUAGAUAGCGCAACUGGCCGUCGAUGUAAUCGAAUGCAGCUUUCAAUUGGAAUAACACACACACACACACACACACACACGAUAGGCAGGGAGAACGUAAAAUAGCGUGUACACGUAUGGUCGCGUACACGCGCCGAUAACAAUGAAAGGAUUAAGUCACUGUAACGGUAUCCGUGUGCUGAGUCUGAAGCGCUGGGUCUACCGUUGAGAUUUUUUAUUCGAUUUUCCACGCGAAUAUUACGUUACAUACGCGUCCGACGUUUUUAAUAUUAUUAUCCUGAAGCUACAUAUAAAUUUUUUAUAUAUCCGAAAGUGUCUUAACGAAUAGCAGCACUUCAAGCAUUAUCGAUCCGCCAUACGUAGCGUAAUCCGGGAACGUUGUAUUAACUCGUCGUUCGUGUGGUUUGAACAAAUUGCGUGCAAUACAAUUUCUAUUGUGUAUCGACGACCUCGGAUAAAAGUUUCUCUCAUCGCCGAAAUUCAUAUUCUUGAAUAAUUUGUGCCUCUGAUCUGUGUUGUGUAGAAUUUCAAUUUUUAUUGUUCAACAACCAUUUGAGAAGCUUUGACUAUUUGCUAUCCGUCAUGCAUCACGUUCCUACGUUUUCACGUAGAUUCUUAUAAUUUCAAUAGAAAUCUCCUGUGUAUCGAGGAUUUUUUCUGUGUCAAUAUAAGUAUACGAUAUAAAAAAUUAUUGCACCUAAUUUCAUCGUCCGAAUUAAAUUACGGCUAAACUCCCUUUCGACGAUCGAGGGAAAGUUUUUAUUCGGCAAUCAACAUUCGUAAAUUCGUGACUACUGAUUUUUCGCACCGCAAUGUUUGGAUGAAUGUUCGUUACAUGUAAAUUGUAACCACGUAUUCAAUUCGACAUAUUCAUAUGUAUAGGUCACUCUUUCAGCAUGAGUGCUCACGUAACUUUGUCUUAUUCAAGUUUUCUCUUUUCUUUCCUAUUUAUUAUAUCGCUAUUGAAUUUUCUUUAUAUUAUCGGUUUUUGUUAAUGAUUGCAUUAGAUAUUUAUAACUUCAAAAAUAAAUUAAUGCUUCUUUGCAUGUACGUAGAAUAUUUAAAUUGCGUAUGAAAUUUUUCAGUUUAUUUAGUUUGCAUUAAAAUGUGAUUUAGUUCUGGUUGACGACGCGGAAUAAUUUAAGUAAAUUGUUAUUUAUAAUAUGAUAUACUAAGUAACUUCUGAUAAUACCGGGAUUUUAUUAUAUUGUGUUACGUGCUACAUUAUUACUUUUUUUUGUUUUUGGAAAUAAUUGCGUACUAUGUAGGUCCAGUGACUUGAGACUUUAAUUAGUUAAGAUAAUGAAAUUUUUAAUAAAAAUUAACUAAUAUAACGUCUCAAUGACAAGGUAGUUCCUGCGAAGGCAGGGCUACGCAAUUGAAACACGUUUGCCAACUAAAUAGUAAUUAAUUAUUAUGUAAAGGUAUUAUAAAUCGAUCCAUUAAUACUUACAAAAGUACGAAGCACUUUUACGUGUCGAUGGUUGUAAAAAAUUUCUUUUUUUACGAUAUCUAUAUCUUUACGUGAAGUGUGCAUGUUGCAAAUUUGCGCAUCGUUGCCCAAUAUAGUAAGUGUGGAACGGCUCGUAUUUAAUUGCGUUCAAUUUUCUACGCAAAAGGGCCUAUUAAAACUAAUAUUAUCACUACUGACUAUUACACACAAUAGUUACGAAUCUUAGUUGUUAUUCUUCUAUAUUUAUAUAUUUUGCAAUGUGUAAGGCCGUAUUUUUUAUUGGUUAUUAUAUAUAAUUCCAAGACUGAUCGGUGUUGGUUCUUCGUAUAUUGCUCUCUAAUGUAAAUCAAAAAAGGUUACUCUUAUCAAUAUUUUAAUUUAAUGUCGCUAAUAUAUCGCUAAUAUAUAGUUGCACGAUAGUUCGCUUGAAUUGUCGAUAUCUUGUGUAUACGUGACAUCGAUAAUACACGCGAAUACGAAAAGCGAAGAAUACUUCAGCGUCUGAAGACGUAAAACCAGUGAUUUUUCUUAAAUGUUAUUCAACUCUUCGUCUCUUCGCGUUAUUUUAAUGUAAGGGAGCAAUGUUGAAGAUAGAGGAUAUAGAGCUGUCUGAAUCUGUGUAUUGGUUGUCGUAAAUAUUAUAGAAUGUUUGAUUGAUUUUCUUCAAAUCGUGUGCUAAAACGAGUUCGAAUUAUUAAUAAUCUUAAAAGACCAAUGAAAAGUAUGUAUGGAUUAAGAAAGACAGACGUUUGUAAAAGUCCAUUCGUGGAUAUUUAAAUAACAAUUUAAAUUUGAAGAUGUUAACAUAGCUGAAAGUUCACACGAUAAUAGAAUGUGCGAGUCUUUGAAUGUUACGUGCGCCAUGAUGGAGCUUGUUUGAAAAACAUUAACCCUUUGUACUCGAAAUGAUUGUUAUCCGACGUUACUUGUCGGAUACUUCUUGUAAUGAGAAUGUGCAAAUGUUUUUACUUUGUUAUUCUUACGAGUUAUCAAACACUGCUCAGCUAAGAUUAAAACUCGUUGGCAAUUAAACUAGGCGAAUAAUUGAAGAAGAUAAUAUUACAAAAUGUUGUGGACAUGCAUACGUAUUAAAUUUGAACAGAGAGAGAAUAUGUCUCGCUAGUUCUAGAAAAAUGUAGACUGUGCACCGAUAUGAACAAUCACACUAUUGAGAACAAGUGCGAAUGUGAAUGUGAUAAAAUAUGGAAAGAAUGUAAUGUGUCUGUGUAAUGUUAACAUGCGAAUCACUAAAGUAGAUAUAGGAUAUAUCGUUAAAAUGUAUUCGAGCAGUGCGAAAAGUGAAAACACGUGUGAUUGAUAGUAAACGAAUUUAAUUUCUUUUGUUGCAAGGUUCCAGUCGUGACAGAAUUGUGCAUUUUACGACUAAGAUAGGACAAAUUUAAUAUUGUAUGAAUAACUUUGUAUGGAAGGGGGUUUGUAAUUUCUAACUUCUCGCAGCUCUAGUCUAUACUAGAUAGGAAUAACUAACACAGAAAACCAGAAUCAUUGAAACUAAAUUCUUUGCAAUGUAAUGUGUAAUGUUAUACACAGAGUGUCUCAAUAGAUGCGGAUAAUAUUUUAAUCUCAAUUUGAUUUGUCAGAUUUCAGAUUUCCAAUGUUCCUUACUAGUUAUUAAGAAUAAAAGAAUUCUCAAAAUGAUGUUUCAAAGAUGCGAUUAAAUAAUUGAAAACGUCACUUAAUUGCUCAUUCAACUCAGUGAAUUUCGAUUCGAUUCUAGUGAGAUACUAAUAAAUUUGAUAUUUAAGUUAAAGAAAGAAAACUUUCUAGAGGAAAAACUUUUAAAGUUGUUACUAAGAAAAAUUGAUGUCGAAUUCAUCAAAUUUAUGUAAGUAUAAGAUUUCCGAGAUAUCAUUCGCACGUCUUGGAGCACCCUGUGUAUAUUCUGUGUAUAUUUGGAAUGUUACAACUUUGCACACAGUAUUCGCACGUGGACACAUAUUCAAGCACAAAGGGUUAAAUUAUUUCUUUUUUGAGUAAUCUGUACAUGAGAUAUAGAAAUGUGUGUUAACGUUUCCAUUAAUCGACUCCUUCGUUUAUUUGUCAAAUUUACUCGUUUUAAAGACGAUUUGAGGAGAGAUAUGUGAUGGAAUUUCCAGGUAGCUUCAGAAGCUCACCUGUAACCAACAUCGACGUCCAAAUGUGCAAUUGUUUAGUUAAACGACAUAUGUAUUCUUAACGAAUGCUGUUGUAAAUAAUGUAAAUAUGUACAUCAGUUCUAUUUUAUAAUAGGGCCAAUGAAUUGAUUUGGCAAUUGAGUAUCGUAUGAAACUCGAUCUAUGCUAUAUGCAGAUAAAGGUAAGAUAACAUUAUCA